CAAACCGGCGCCCCAAAUUAUGAAGCCACAAAAAAAUUAAAUUUUAAGCCAUUUUCGAGAGAUUUUUGAUGUUCAGCACUCGCGAAAGCCUCAAACGAAGGACUCCUAAGAUAGGAAUCAAUCGAGAAAAUUACAUAAAGUUACUCGUUGACGAGUAUUAUGAUAAAAAUAGCGAUAUUGAAGCAAAGGAACAAGUAACAGCAAAUUUGGCAAAUUUCGCUUACGAUCCCAUAAAUUACGAAUAUUUGAAGAAAGCAGAGGCUUUUGAACUUUUCUUGGAGUUACUUGGGAAUGUAAAUCCGGUGUUAGUUACUCACGGUAUCACUGGAUUGUGUAAUUUUUGUCUCGAUCCUGAAGUCAAUACUCAAUUAAAGGACAUUUCCAAACUGAAAUACGUUUUAGAUCUCUUAAAAUCCGACGUCGAUCCAAAUAUCGCUUGUAAUUGCUUGACAAUACUCUUCUACCUUCAAUUUCCGGACCUGAAAAAGAUUCUCGUUGAACGAAAUCUCUUCCAUCUGCUUCAAGAAUUCAAAUCUUCUUCCUCCGACGCACGUUUAAGAAACAUUUCCACAAUUUUACUGCAAGAUCUCACCAAAGAACUGAAUUCCGCUUCGUUACGCAACAUUCGCCUUCUCGGAGCUUCAACUUCUCCAUUUUCCACGGCGGCAUUUAAGGCGGGCGAUGUCGUUCGCACGACCCGAGUCAUCACACAACGAGAUCUCGAUCGUUUUUCCGAUAUUUCGGGCGAUCACAAUCCAAUUCACAAAGGAGGGCAACCGAAACCGGCAAUUGUGCAUGGCGCAUUUCUCAAUAGCAUCAUUUCGGGCAUCAUUGGAACGCAACUUCCGGGUCCAGGAACCGAAGUUAUCUCGCAAACAUUCUUUUUUCCGAACAAAUGUUACCCAGAUAAGGAAAUACAAAUAGAGGUAGAGCUGAAAGACACGCGAAAAAUCAUGAAAGUCGGUUAUAAAUGCGUGCAAGAUGGAAAAGUCGUGUUUGAUGGAGAAGCCCGAGUGAUUUAUAACGACAGUAACUAAUGACCAAAGAUUAUUUUUGUAAGAAAAAAUGAGAAAAUAUCAAUAAAAGUGCUUUUCUUUUUAUACU